CCCGGAAGUAGCGCCAAUGGUCGCCUCGCACAAUCUGUCCCGGCCACGCCUCCGCCAAUCCGCGAUUGGUUUGCUGUAGAGUCCGGCCUGUAGGAGGACCGUGGGUGGGGCGCUGUCACGUUGCACAGUGAAUGUGCGGUGUGUGUUCCCGGGCGACAGCGGGGAGAUUCCGAGUCAGAUAGGGAGCGAGCAGUAACCGAGAGCGGAGAGUUCUUACCGGAGAAUACAUUGCCACAGGAGGCCUCAGCGGCAGCUAGACAUCCCAGAGGAGCCGGCGCCUGUGUGAGUGCUGCACCAGCUCUGCUUAUCGCCUUACUGUGGUAAUAAUAUUCCUUCCGUGACCACCUCCAUCUGAGAUUAUGGAGAACAACAAAUUCCACAGACAUGGAGAUCUCCAUUGAAUCGGUUUGCUCUCUCAGCCUUUUAUGAAAGAUUAGAGGUGCACUUACAGACCCCAGCAGUGUUCCCCUUGCAGGACGACCUAACGAUCAGGCUCUUCAUUGGUGUUUGAGACCAUGGUAAACUGGGCAGAUAGUUUAUAAUCGGUGACCGCUAUCAUGAGCGCAGAGCCUCAGAGUGAGGGCUUGAUGCAAAAUGAGAACUGGACUGCAGCCGGGCGAGUGGAGGAGGAGGAAACCCCUCCUGAAAAAACUUUUAACUGUGAAGCUUCUGAGGAGCAGAGCUCUGAGCACCAUGAGGACAUGGAAAUGAACUCUAAUGGAUCUAAUGGCAAUGACUCUAGUGGCAAUGACUGUAAUGGCCAUGAGUCCAGUGGGACAGACUCCCAUGGUAAUGAACCUAGGAGGCCAAGCUGUACUUUCCGGAGACCGAGCAAGUCUACGGGCAGCAGCAAUAACGGCGAACAAAUGGAGAGGACUCGGUCGCACAAAGAACUGAUGACCAUGGUGCAGGAAAUGAAACGGCGGCUCCCACUAGAAAAAAUAAACCGCAGCAAACCCAGCACGGUGGAUGCGUUGAACUACGCCUUAAAGUGCGUUCGUCAAGUCCAAGCAAACAGUGCAUUUUUCCAGGUCCGUGGUGACAGUGGUACAUCUCGAGUGGAUUCCAACCUACAUACCAUUGAAGAUCUGGAGACCAUAACGUCAGAACAUCCGCCAAAGAACACGGACACAUUUGUGAUUGUGUUCUCGCUGACCUCUGGGAAGAUGGUGUACAUCUCUGAGCAGGCAGCAUACAUACUGAACUGCAAGAAGAAACUGCUGGACUCCUCGCGCUUUGUGGAACUGCUGGCCCCUCAGGAUGUCAGUGUCUUCUACAAGCACACAACCCAGUCCCAUCUCCUGCCUUGGAAUAUCGGAGCAGAGACAGCGUCACUUUAUGAAUAUACUCAAGUCAAAUCCUUUUUCUGUAGAAUAAGAGGUGGGAAAGACCGGGAUCAUGAGGUCCGAUACAGCCCCUAUCGAAUGACGCCGUAUUCUGUCAGAGUUCGAACAUCUAAUGUUGAGCCAGAAGCCUGUUGCCUUGCUCUGGUAGAAAAGAUCCACUCAGGAUACGAGGCUCCCAGAAUUCCCCUGGAUAAACGGAUAUUCACCACCACACACACGCCUGGCAGCGUUUUUCUUGAAGUGGAUGAUCGUGCUGUACCAUUAUUGGGCUACUUGCCACAGGACUUGGUUGGAACAUCUGUUUUAAUGUACUUGCACCCUGAAGAUCGUCCUUUAAUGCUCGCCAUGCACAGGAAAAUUCUAAAAUAUGCCGGACAGCCACCAUUUGAGCAUUCCCCCAUCAGGUUCCGCACACAAAAUGGCGACUACAUCACAUUGGAUACCAGUUGGUCCAGCUUUGUUAACCCCUGGAGUAGAAAAGUGGCAUUUAUCAUUGGUCGACACAAAGUCAGAACGGGCCCACUCAAUGAAGACGUCUUCGCUGCCCGAAGCACAGAAAUUAGCAAUGUUGACAAGGAAAUUAAAGAGCUACAAGGACAGAUUUACAAAGUGCUAUUACAGCCUGUUCAUAACAAUGGUUCCAGCGGAUAUGGGAGUCUGGGAAGCAACGGCUCGUACGAGCAUUACAUAAGCAUUGCGUCAUCUAGUGACUCCAAUGGGAACUGCGUGGAUGAGACCCACAAAGAACCGAUGACUUUAAAACAAGUAUGCACAGACAUUAACCGCAUCAAGAAUCUAGGGCAGCAGGUCUACAUCGAUACCAGGAGUAAACCUCUACCCAAGAAACGGGAGGUGCUGGACAAAGAGAUUCCGAAAGCAAAACCAAACCCAAAUACAUUCCUGCGACUUCGGCAGGAAAACGUAGUUAUGGAUGGACAGGCAGCCUCAUCCUGUGAUGCGUCUAGGAAGGGACAACACAUACCCUCCUACCAGCAAAUCAACUGCGUGGACAGUAUUAUUAGGUACCUUGAGAGCUACAACAUCCCAGCUUUAAAGAGGAAGUGCGAGUCCUCCACCAACACCACCUCCUCUUCAGAAGACGAUAAGCAGGGUCUGGAAGAUGUUCCUGGGUUAACCGCGCCAAUCUCCACGAGCCAGUUAUCCGCCGAAUCGAUGGUCACCACCGAUGCUCAGACAACAACCGCUGUGGUGGGAGCUCCACUGACCGAUCUGACCCUGUCCAUCAAGGCCAUGAGUGUGGUUUCAGUCACCAGCCAGUGUAGCUACAGCAGUACAAUUGUACAUGUUCCACAGCCUGAGUCAGAGAUCACAGCGAUAGAAGAUGCUACAGGUGGUAGUGAACAGAUUGAGAUGAGGUCCUCUCAGGCAGCCAGUUCCAUUGUAGCUCCAGAGGAAUUAAGACUAGUCGGAUUAACAAAGGAGGUUCUAUCUGCUCAUACCCAAAAAGAGGAGCAGAAUUAUGUGUAUCGGUUCCGGCAGAGGAUCUUGCAGUCUCCUUACAGUAGCUACCUCCAGCAAGACAGUCGCAGUAAGGCCUGCUCCCACGAACAAGAUAUACAAGGUGAACAUUCUUCUCAGCAAACUACACCUGCUGCUUGGAAAAAGGGUAAAAAGCAUGGAAAACACAAGAGGCAGAAACCCAUGGAGUCAUCGGACAGUAAUGGUUCUCACCCAAAUUUACCACCACGACCAAGAAGACAGGGGCCUAUUCCACAGUCUUGGCCACCAUCCGAAGUAUCUCAUCCAAGCCCCUCACACAUGGCCUUUGCUCCCCCUAUGAUGAUCCCUAUUCAACCUGCCUAUACCAUGCCUGGGUUUCCACUUCCACACAUGACUCCCACCGUGGCAGGAGACUGCAACACCUCUUCCAUAGCUCCGGAGUCUGUACCUCAAUCAAACCUUUCCUACAACAUGCAGCCAUUCCCAGCUUUUCCAUCUCCGUACAUGGGUCCUCUCAUGGCUGUUCUCCUACCCAACUAUAACAUGUAUCCACCAAUGACCCAACAGAUACCUCAGCCUUUUUUCCCUUCUCAAUACCCCUGUCCACCUUCUUACCCGUACACUGGAAUGCCCAGCGCUCCCCAAAAUGUGCCCUCACAAAUUCCUACAGACUUUGUGGACCCAGCGUCUCGAGCAUCUUCCCCCAUGUCGGCAGAGGGACAUCACGAUGUACAAAGCGAAGAUCCACAUCUUUUCAGCAACUCGAGAAGCAGCUCUCCAUUACAGCUAGUUCUUCUUCAAGAGGAGUUACCAAAAUCAGUAGAUCCUCUGGAAGGAACCAAGAUAGAAAGCCAAGUAGACAUCAAAUGUGUGGACCAAGCUGAGGACAGUGGGAACAACGAUAGUCACUCUGCCUCUAGUGAACUUUUUGACCUCUUGCUGCAAGAGGAUUCCCAGUCUGGUACUGGGUCAGCAGCCUCGGCAAGUGGAUCAGCAAAUUCCAGCUCCUUAAGGUCUGGCUCUAACGGUUCUACCUCAAACGGGACUUCAGGAAGUGGCAUAGGGAGUAGUAACAGCAGCAACUAUUUUGCUAGCAAAUCCUCUGAUACCUCCAAGAAGGGGCACAAACGUCAGGAGGUUGUGGAAUCAGACUCUUUUCCCAAAGCUGCUGGAGACUCUAUAUGGACAAUGAUAGAGCGAACGCCUACUCCUAUUAUGAUGACCUAUCAGGUCCCUGAGAGGGAUAAAGAGGCAUUAUUGAAAGAAGAUCUGGAAAAACUGACUGCCAUGCGGAACAAGCAGCCCUGGUUUACUGAAGAGCAGAAGGAGGAGCUGGCGGAAGUGCAUUCUUGGAUUAGAAAUCGUACAAUCCCGCAAGAGAUAGACACUCAAGGCUGUAUCAGCUGUGUGAAUGGCGCCAUGGUGAGCUACCAACCCAAAAAGGAUAAAGCGAACGAUGCAGAAGGAGACUCCACCAAAGUUUCUUUUCAGCCGCCUCCAUCACCACAGCAAACGCCGUGCCUGAGCAGUCUCUGCGAUCUGGGAGAUACAACAAACUGAGACUUAAACUUCUUUGUAAAUAAUUUUUUUUUUCUAUAAUGUUUUUAUUUAAGUCCGUUUAUCACCUCACCAAGGAACAUGAAGCUUUGCGUUCUUCCUGGAGUCUUUACAAAUCUGUGAAAGAAGCAAGUAACUAUGUUUUCUUUGUUGUACGGCCGGCGUUGUGACAAGACACUCUACUGCCCACUUUGCAGCUAUAAUCUUAUGGACACAGCUGUUACAUUUCAUGAUGGAGGUGCACAGUCUUGUUUUGGAAAAUACACCAUAUGUUGUCUGAACUUGAAGACCCUCCAGACGUUUUCCAGAUCUCGGUCACUUAUUUGUGCACUUUAUGGUUUAAAUUUCUCCCAUCUGUAAAUACCACCGACGUUUAAAAGAAGUUCUAGAAAAAUGUGGUUUAAAAACAUUUUGUUUUGAUUUGUAAAUUACUAUGUUGAUUAAAAUGACCUUUAGAAAUAAA